CCUAAGGAGGCUAGGUGAACGGCUACUUUCACAACGUGAUAUUUGUUUGUAAAUAAAUAAAUAAAAAAGAAAAAUAUGGAUGCUGAGACUGACUUGAUAGAAGAUGUUUUCACAUCUGCUGAAAAAUCACUUACCGAUGAUGAAAAACACAAAUUGGAGGAACAGAAUAAAAGGUUGAUACCAGAAUUCAAAGCAAACCAAUUGGAAAAUCAGGCUCAAAAACAUUGGGAUCUCUUUUAUAAACGCAAUGAGACUAGAUUCUUUAAGGACCGACGUUGGACAACCAGAGAAUUUCAAGAGCUAAUACAAGACCAUCCCACAUUACCCUCGGAUAGCAACGAGUGCAGGAAACUUUUGGAAGUUGGCUGUGGGGUAGGCAAUUUUGUCUACCCCCUAAUGGAGGAAUUGGAAGCUUUGGGACAAACGAACAAUUAUUUUUAUGCGUGCGAUUUUUCACCUCGAGCUGUUGAAUUUGUACGUUCAAAUCCCAAAUACAACGAAGAUCGCAUUAAGGCAUUUCAAUGUGACAUUACAACGGUUACGAUACAUCAUCACAUACCCGCCCAGACUAUAGAUAUAAUUUCAAUGAUUUUUGUCCUAUCAGCCAUAACGCCGACAAAAUUCGAGGUAGUUAUUAAAAAUUUACAUAGAUUGCUAAAGUCAGGAGGCAUUGUACUUUUUCGCGAUUAUGGCCGCUAUGACAUGGCCCAAUUGAGAUUUAAGUCGGGACAUAAAAUAGCGGAAAAUUUCUAUAUGCGUCAGGAUGGUACCAGAAGUUAUUACUUUGCCGAAACUGAAUUAAGGAAACUCUUUCAAGAAAAUGGUUUUGAGGUCAUAACCAACAGAUAUGUUCACCGACGUACUCUCAAUGUAAAGGAAGGCAUUGAUGUGCCUCGCAUUUUUCUGCAGGGAAAAUUUAAAAAGCUUUAGAAAUUGUAAUAAUAAUUAGGCGGUAGAUUACAUUUUUAUAUUUGAAUAUAUAGAUUUUCUUCUUUAUUUUAUUUUAGUAUGUAAUCGCUUUGUUUUUAGUUCUUUUUUACUUCCUUUUUUGUUUUUUUUAUGUUGUUUUAAUUGAUAAUAUGUAACAUGAUUUGGUAUAAUUCAGUUUUAAUUAACAUUUCAAUAAAUACAUUUAUGAUUUUCAUAUAGUCGGCAUUAGAUUACAUUUUAUGUGAAUAUUUCUCUUGUGUUGGGGUUUUU